CUGGACUACUUCUACAGCGGCAAGGUGGUGAUCUCCGAGCAGAACGUGGAGGAGCUGCUUCGGGGGGCCCAGUAUUUCAACACACCACACCUUCGAGUUCACUGCAACGACUUCCUGAUCAAGUCCAUCCGCCGGGCCAACUGCUUGCGCUACCUCUUCCUGGCCGAGCUGUUCGAGCUCAAAGAGGUGUCAGACCUGGCCUACUCCGGCAUUCGGGACAACUUCCACUACUGGGCCGGUCCCGAGGGCUCCCCGCACUUCAUGCACUGCCCGCCUGUCAUCUUCGGCCGCCUGCUGCGUGAUGAAAACCUUCACGUGCUCAACGAGGACCAGGCGCUCAGCGCCCUCAUCAACUGGGUGUCCUUCCGAAAGGAGGAGCGCGAGAAGUACUUCAAGAAGUUCUUCAGUUACAUCAACCUCAACGCAGUCACCAACAAGACCCUGGCGUCUGCCAGGAACAAACUCGUGGGCAUGGACAGCGGCUCGUGCCACAUCACCCUGAUCGAGAGCGUCCUGCUGGACCGCAAGCAAGAGCGGCCCUGCAGCCUGCUGGGCUACCAGCGCAAAGGCUCCCUGCUCGACUCUGUGGUCAUCCUCGGGGGCCAGAAGGCCCAAGGCAAGUUCAACGACGGAGUGUUUGCCUACAUCAUCCAGGAGAACCUGUGGCUGAAGCUCUCGGAGAUGCCCUACCGGGCAGCCGCCCUCAGCGCCACCUCCGCCGGUCGCUACAUCUACGUCUCGGGUGGCACCACGGAACAGAUUUCAGGGCUGAAGACAGCGUGGCGGUAUGACAUGGAUGACAACUCCUGGACCAACUUGCCUGACCUGCCCAUUGGGCUUGUGUUCCACACCAUGGUGACCUGCGGGGGCACAGUGUACUCGGUGGGCGGGAGCAUCGCCCCAAGGCACUACGUCUCCAACAUCUAUCGCUAUGACGAGCGCAAGGAGGCCUGGUGCCUGGCCGGGAAGAUGAGCAUCCCCAUGGACGGCACAGCCGUGAUCACCAAGGGCGACCGGAACCUGUACAUCGUCACUGGCCGCUGCUUGGUGAAGGGCUACAUCUCCCGGGUCGGGGUAGUGGACUGCUUCGACACCAGCACGGGCGA